GCACCUCCUCGCCCUGCUGGUGUUGGUGUCGCCUUCCCUGGUUCCUACACUCGGGGUGCCCACGUCGAACUGGCGGACUUCCGCAGUGUCCCGCCGUCGCCGCGGGUUUUUUGAGGCGCGACUUGCCGAGGGUCGAUGCGGUGCGGCCGCAGCGGCCUGCCCGGCGGAGCAAGCGCCUGGACGCCACGGGGGCCCAGGAGAUGGAGCUGAAGGUGGGUGUGCUCGAGAAGUUCGAUCCCGCUGCGCCCGACUGGAGGGCGCCAGAAGCGCAGAUGGAGCGGCCCCGGCGGAUCGCGGAGGAGGAAGAGCGGCGCAGCGAGCAGAAGGCCCUCGAGCGGCAGACCGGCCCGCUCACCGGGAGGUACAACCACAGUUCCGAUGUAGAGGACCGAGACGCUGCAAGGCGCGACCGGAUGGCAGAGGCGGACGCGCGCAGGCGGUCCGACGUCUGGUCCCAGAUGGACGAGCCCACUGAGCGCACGCAGCCCGAGGAGGGACGAGGACGAGGAGCUGGCCGCUGCGAGCUGGGGCCCGAGGGCCCCGCUGAGCAGCAGGCGCGACCCCGGAGGAGCAGCGGAGCAGGGGCGACGGCGGCGCGGAGCCGCAGGCGCAGGGGGACGCCUUGGCCGACCAGGAGACGCUUGGAGCAAGGAGUUCUUGCAGAGCUACGAGGACCUAUCGGACGGCGAGGCCUUCGGCAGCUACGGCGUGAGCCUGGGCGACUGACCGCCGAGCGGUCUCUGCUUCUGCGGGGCCCGUGAGCCUGGCCCUCCCGCGCGGUCUCGC